GCCUCUCGUUUUCUGUCCCCCUCCCUUUUUUAGCAUGAAGUGUGUUCUCUGUGAGCUGGAAGCGAAUUGGUUAACAGUUCAGUUGGGCGUGUGACUUUGGCGCAGGUGUGAAGGCAAGUUCGCAAAAGCUACGGCGUUGAGAGCCAUCAAGGACAGAAGAACCUCAAACCUUCAGUGUAGAAGACCGAAAAACAUUUUCCCCUUUUAAGCCAUUUUUAAAACCAACAAACAAAAAAACUGUGCAGACCCUGGCUUGGGAUUGUCAAUCAAAAGGCGAAAAUCAGAAUUGGCCACAACCGCAGUACUCCCUUCUGCCUAUUGGUCAGUUUGGGGUUGACAUCAAAUCCCCAGGACAUCCAGGCUAAAAAAAACAAACAAACAAACUGAUGGAUGGUGAUGUAACCAUGGAUACAGCUCCGCCUCCCUCUUUCCUGGGUCCAUCAGACUCUGUACCAGAUGGACAAGAACCCAUAGCCCCAGCUGUACCAAAAGCAGCUCCUCCUCCGCCACCCCCACCACCUCCUCCGCCACCUCCCCCACCCCCUCCACCUCCUCCUCCUCCUCCUCCUCCCCCCGGCCUCGGCCCCGGCGGCCCCCCUGGCCUGUGCAGAAACGCCCAGCGGCGCUCCAGGAUGCGCAACUUCAACUGGGUCACCAUCCCCAAGCAGAGCGUGGUGGGAAGGCACAACAUCUGGACGGUGCAGAAGCCCGCCGAGGAGUUUCAGCUGGACACCCAGCGCAUGGAGGAGCUGUUCAGCCAGGCCGGGCAGGGCCAGCAGCCCAAACAGGCCCCCUCGCACAAGAGCGUGAGGGGGCUGCCCUCCUCUACGCAGGGGGGAGAGCUGGUGUCCAUUCUCGGCUCCAAGAGGAACAUGAACAUCGGCAUCUUUCUGAAGCAGUUCAGAAGGCCAGUGAGGGAGAUGGUGGAGGAUAUCUCCCAAGGGAACGAAGAGCCGUUUGGAACGGGCAAGCUGAAGGACCUGUUCAAGCUGCUGCCCGAGGACGGAGAGGUGAAGCAGCUUCUUGCCUUCAAAGGUGACCUGUCCCUGCUGUCAGAGGCCGACCUGUUCAUGGUCCUGCUGGUGAGGGUUCCUGGCUAUGAAGAACGUCUGAGAAGUUUAGUUCUCAGGGAGGAGUUUUCCCCCUUCAUGGAGGAGAUGAAGCAGUCCAUUGCCACCAUGACCACAGCUGCCCAAGAGCUGCUGGACUGUGAUGACCUUCAUUCUAUCAUCCGAUUGGUGCUCAAGACCGGAAACUACAUGAACGCAGGUGGCUACGCUGGCAGUGCCAUCGGGUUCAGAAUGGCCUCUCUCCUGAAGCUGGUGGACACCAGGGCAAACAAACCCGGGAUGAACCUCAUGCACUACGUCGUGAUGCAAGCAAAUAAGAUUGAUGGCGCUCUGCUCAGAUUCCCUGAUCAACUGCAACACAUCGGGGCAGCGGCCAGGAUCCAGAAACAGGAAGUGGAGGCAGAGUUCCAGAGAAAGAAGAGUGCAGUGGAGGAGGCAAAGAGGGAUGCCAGGAAACAGCCGGAUCUGGAAGCUCAGAUGGAGGAAUUCCUGAGGGAAGCAGAGUCGCAGCUGGGCGAGGUGGAGGCUUCUUUUCAGGCCCUCGAAACCGUGAGCCAAUCGGUGGCGGAGUACUUCUGUGAGGACCCCAGCCAGUUCAGACUGGAGGAGUGCUGUGCCAUCUUCGACUCCUUCUGUGAGAAGUUCAUCCGGGCCACCCAGGAGAACCGCGAUCGGGAGAUGGCGGAGGUGAAGAGGAGACAGCGAGAGAGGCUCCACACCUCCAUCAAGCGCCGGUCGACGGCCACCUGCUCCAUCAACGACAAGGACAUGGAGGACGUGGCCCUGGAGUCCAUCCUGCAGCGGUUCGCCAGCGGCCGUGGCUCGCGCAGGAGGGCGGGGACGCCCUCGCCCACCAGCGCCAACCUGGCGAAGAUCGCCAUCAAGGAGAACUCCAUCCAGGAGGCGCCGGCUGUGCCCAACGCCAGUCCGGCCAUGGAGGCGCGAAAGAACAAGCACAACUUGGCCAAGGAGCAAACGGGAUGCCGUCCUCUCGAGGAGGCGCAGCCUCCACCCCCGGAUAAGGAAGAGAAGAGACAGAGCACUGUGAAAGAGGAGGAGGAGGAGGAGCCGAUAGUCGUGAAAAUAGAGGCCCCUCAAAAACCAAACCAGAAGUGUCCGGAAACACCUUCUAGAAAAAAGAAGAGCAGCGUCUCUUCUCCAGAGAGACACAAGUCAGUGAAGAGUGAGGAGGAAGAGGAAGGACAGGCUGAGGAAGAGGCGCAGAAGAUGCGGGAGGUGUCCCGUAAGGUCCUGCGGUACCAGAACAGCAGGGGGAGCGUUUCGUCCGGGGAGCACUCCAUAGGGGACCUCCCACGGACGCCCAAAAGUGCCGUCAGCUCCCCUCGCCGCCAAAACUUUUCAGUGGAGCCGCCUGCAAACGGGGUCCCCUGGACCAUACUCAGCCCUCGCUUCACCCCCAGAAUGACCCCCACCUCCCUCAACCGCCGUCACACCCUCUCCAUCCCCCCAAAGAACGACAGCGACGAGGACGACCUGUGGAUGCUGCCCAAAGUCCCCGCCGCUCACCCUCACCCUCACCUGGGGGCAGUGGGGAGAAUGAAGUCGGCCGACGUCUGCCUGCUGUCCCCCAAGCUGAAGGAGGCCAAAGGCGGGAAAACGCCCCCCUCGUCCCCCCCCGACGGCUCCUCCAAACAGAAAGGCCUGUCCGUCCGACCAGCGGACCUGGCCAAUCGCACCGGCCCCACCGCGCACUCCGGCACUUUCCAGAAGGAGAACUCCCCAGGGAGCCGCACCUCGGCGAAGGGGCAGGCGGAGCCACAGAAGGAGGGCAAGGCCCUGGAGUGGGCCCCCCGAUUUCAGCUGGGCAGCAUCUUCCAGAGACGCUACAACUCGCGGUCCGCCCAGGCCGAGGAGAAGGCCGCGCCCGAGAAGCAGGAGACCUCGGCCUUCAUCUCCUUCUUCAGGCGCUUCGGAGAGAAGAGCAGGCCCGAGGAGGUGACAUCAGCCCCUUGGGUUUAGCCCUUUAGGUCUCAUUUCUCUUUUCUUGGGUUAAAAAAAAGAUCAGCUGUGUGACUGACCUGCAGUAUUUCAGGAAAGCGAGGACAGUUUUGGUACCUUGGCAACACGACUUGGAAGAAAUCGCAUUGAGGUCGUGUCGAAAGACAAAGUUCAUUGGCCAUUUCAAAGUAGGAAUUGGGAGUGCAAACCUUAAGUUUCACUCCUUGAAAAUUUUGUGAAAUAAAUGUUUUAUAUUUAAAUAAAAUGUGCUAUUUUA